ACUGCUGUUAGACACGUGGUUGCUAUUGGAAAGUCCUGGAUAUUUCGCGGCAACAGGAUCAGCUCUCGUGAAUAAGGUUCAGGAAGAAGACGGAGGAUCCGGCCCAUUUCCAAACAGGAUGUUUCUCAAGUGCAUUUCCUUACAGACUGGGAAUACUCCUCCAAACGAGGGUAACGGGGGGGGGGGGGGUGAAUUGGACUCAAGCUUUAAACUGACGUCCGAGGGAGCUAUUUUAGUCCCUAAUGGGGUUCAGCGCAGCUGCCCGUUUUAUACCCAGCUCGGUUUUACUUCCUGCUCUGUGGCUGCCCCCACUUCUGUUAGCUGGGCUGCGGAUGCAUGGGCGAUGACAGAGAAGCAACGCUUGAAGUAAGUAGUUGAUUGUCCCGCAUUACAGAAAUAAGCCAGUCUUUUCAUACACAUCAACCGAGCUACAAAUGAUGUGCUUCGUACAGAGUGGUGCCUUUGCCCAGCGAUGAAAGAUAGUGUACACACUGACAUGAAUCCUAUAACCUGGGGUGUGCAGCGUUUUUCGCUGUAUGCUGAAUGCUAACCAGCCGACUGUGUGUCAGGUUUACCGUGAGGAAUGUAAAUCAGACUCCGCCCCGGGAUUUUAUAACCAGACACGAAGACUGUAACUUCCUUAUUGGAAAUACUGAUGAAUGUGUAACCAGGAAGGAAAUACAAGUUCUCUCCACGGCGGAGUUUACAACGCACGGCAGCGCAAUAGGAUAGAAACGAGUUGUUUCAACGUUUCGGUGCUACAGAUUACUCGGUAUAGGCAAACUCUCUGACCCAAAGUCGAUACUUGAAAGUUUCCGUAAUGUGCUCUUCCGCUAGCAUGGUUUUGAAUACAGGAACUGAAGUAACAGCCGGGGUCUCAGAGCAAGACUGAAAACAACCCCGUCUCAUGAUCAACUUGGAAAGCUCCUGCUGCAAUGAGAUGCUACUGGAAGCGAUCAGUCACUACUCUUGGUUUCUCCCUACUUCUUUGCUUUCUUGUGUAUCUUUGUAUAAAGGAUGAAGAAGGAAGUGUGUUGGAAGAAGAACAGCGAUUGGCCAAGGAAAUAGCCGUGCAGCAGCUAUAUUCCGAGAGGAAUGUGCAGAACUUCAGGGAGCUGAUAAAUCUUUCUUCACCCAUUAAUGUCACCUAUCAAUAUUUGGCAGGAUACCCUUUGUUAAAAAAGAAAUACAUUACAGUGGGAUUGUCUUCUGUGAAACGAAAGCGAGGAAAUUACCUUCUUGAGACACUGAAGUCCAUAUUCAAACAAUCUACCAAUGAAGAGCUCAGUGAGAUGGUGGUGGUCGUCCACCUGGCAGACUUUGACAUGGUGUGGAAUAUGCAAGUGGUUCAGGACAUUGCCACAAAAUUUGCCCACCAUAUAAUCUCAGGCCACUUGAUCAUUAUUCAUGCCCCUGAACUAUACUACCCACCCCUAAAAGGCUUGAAAAGAAAUUAUAAUGAUCCAGCUGAUCGCGUGACUUUCAGGUCAAAACAAAAUGUGGACUAUGCUUUCCUGCUCAACUUUUGUGCAAAUUUAUCAGAUUAUUACAUAAUGCUAGAAGAUGAUGUUCAAUGUUCCCACUCUUUCUUAACCUCAAUUAAGAAAGUCCUUGCUUCAAAAGAGGGCUCCUACUGGGUAACGCUGGAAUUUUCCAAGCUGGGCUAUAUUGGAAAACUUUACCAUUCAACUGAUCUUCCAAGGCUGGCCCACUUUCUACUGAUGUUUUAUCAAGAGAUGCCAUGUGACUGGUUAUUAACUCAUUUCCGAGGCCUUCUCACUCAAAAAGAUGUCAUUCGUUUUAAGCCUUCCCUGUUUCAACACAUUGGAUAUUAUUCUUCUUUCAGGGGAACAGAAAAUAGGUUAAAGGAUGAUGACUUUGAAGAAGACUUCUUUGAUGUUCCUGACAACCCGCCAGCAGCAAUCUACACAAGCCUCAAAGUUUUUGAAAACUAUGUUCCCAGCAAAGCCUACAGUAAUAGUGAUGAGUACUUCUGGGGAAAAUCACCCUCGACUGGAGAUUUUUUCACUAUUGUGUUUGUAAAGCCAAUGAACAUUACCAGAAUCCAUAUAGCCACUGGCUCUGAAGAAAGGCAUGGUGAUAUUCUUCAUUCUGGGAUCGUUGAAGUUGGAAAGAAUCCAAAAUUAACACAAAAGGGGAAAGAUUGUUUGGAAUAUGUUAAACUAAAGGAGUUUCAAAAUGGACUGUUUGAUCAAAAAGAUAUAGGUACCAUUAUAAACUUCAGUGCAGAAUGUGUACGAAUAUAUAUUACAGACAGCCAAAAUGACUGGUUAAUUAUUCGCAGCAUUGGUAUUUGGGCAAAGCAAGCCAACCCUUUAUGACAAAGUACAUUAAUUGUACCCCUCUUGUUUUCUGCCUUCCUCACCUCAGUGACCUGUAUUGGGAUGUUGUUCUGUGCGUGUAUCUCAUAAAGCAGUCAUUUUUUGAGAGUCAACCUGAUCAGUGAACUUGUGGAGCUUGUCCAAUCGGCCAGUCCCACAGCCAUUCUCACCAAUCUCUUAACACAUCCCCAGCUAUCAGGAUUGCUUAGUGAUUGGUGAUUAGGAGAAAACCCUGUACAGAUCUGGAACCCCUUCCUCUCAUCCUUGUCCAGGGAAAUCACAUUAGACUGCAUCAGUUCUGUAAUACUGAAAAGAACUGAAUAAUUAGUGAAUAAGCAUUUUUUAAGAUGUACAUAAUCUUUCAAUAUACCAUGAAAAUUAUUCCAAUUGCCUACAAAAAUCUCCUGAUUGGCAGGCUACUUGCUAACAGGCCGGUUACUUAAUUCCCAAUGUAUCAUGCAGCAUAAUUGUUAGCUAUUUUGAAAAGAAGGUGUAAAACUGUAUUCUAUGCUGAUGUUGAAAUAUGCCAACCCAGAAUUACAAAAUCAGGUCAGAGGUUUAAAUGUCAUGUAUUCAGUGGGCAGAUAUCUCAUGUCCUCCAUUUACUCUUUGAAUAAUAUGAUAGGUUGUGAGAAGAAGUGACCGGGUCAAGUAGAUUGUGCCAGAGAGCAUUAUAAUUGAACUUCAAAGCUCACAUGAAAAUUUUAGAAAGCUAUCCCCAAAAUACUGAAUAUCUGAUCACUUAUUUCUUCUGCAUCAAAUAUUAAUAAGCACAAUGAGAAUCUGGCAUAUAAGUAGAAUCAAAAGCAUAGUUUUUGAGCAAGAAUACUUAACUAUGUUCAGAUCAAGUGAAUAUUAGAUUACUGGACCUAUCUUUUCUGAUAAGGCCAUCAAGAGUUUAAAAUCUCUAUAGUCAUCCCCAAAGUGGAAGACUUGAACAUUCUGAUUCAGGUUCACAAUAUAAUGAAAGGGCAGUAAAGUGGCUUUGAGUGUCCUGCCACUUGUUACCUGAACAGGACUAGCCAUGGCUAGGAAUGUCCCCAACUCAGUGUCUAUGUCUAAGUUAUGAAGGAUUAGUAGGGGACUAAUGGAGGGAAAAUGAAAUUAAUCUGUUCUUUAAGAAUGAUUUUACAGUUCCUCAUCAAAUGGUCCCAGGUGAGCUUUGUCUUACCUUAGGAAGGGGAUCAAUGGCCUUUACUAUAGGUGUAAAUAUCUGAAAAAUUAUGUAUAGUUUGUACAAGCAUUUGUACCACGAUUCAAAGAAUGCCUUGAUAUAUUGUAUUCCAUAAAUAAUCAUUGCUGUUUUCAAGGUAACUUUGCAAGUUGACAUCUUUAUUCAUGAUAUCCCAUAAAUAAGGAAUUGUUUACCUGUUGUUUUUAAUGAGAUGAAGUGUGGUUCAAAUAUUUGGAUAUUAAAUGCAGCUAUGGUUCAUUAAUGUUAGACAUGCUGCAUUCUAUUAUAGUUAACGUUUUCAAGAUGUACCUCUUUUGCCUCAUUUUCUACUGUUCCAUAGAGUAUAAGCUAUAGAUUGACAGAUACUGUGGACCGAAUGCAUUCAAUCCAAUACACAAUAGAUUUUCUUUAACUUUUGCUGUUAGUCAGAAAUACGAAGGGUGUUGCAGACACAUGAAGUAUUCUGUGGUAAGUGAAAGUAACUAGGAAGUGUUUACCCUUACAAGAAGGUACCAAGAUUAAUUUUGGUUAGCAUGAAAAUAAGCUAAUGUUGUUCAAUAAAAACAUUACAUUUGCUCAUGCAAACACUGCCAGGGAGGUGUUCAGCAUCUGGGGUCAGAUUAUCCAGCAUUAGAUCAUAAUCAUGCAAAUGAUUAUUUAAAAAUGGACCGUGUCACCUAACUAAAAUAGAUUACUUUUAUCUUACUUUAUCUAAACUCUCCACUGCUGGGAGUGGGUUUUCCUCAUGUCACAUACAGAUCUGUUAUGGACUAAAUAGCAGAACGAAUUGAAUGAUGAGUUGACACUCCAUGAUCACCAUACAAUUCAAUGGCUAAAGUGACUGAAGGUGAAUUAGGUAAAUCUUGGUGUUCCUUUGUUUAGUUGUUCUUCUGUGAUGUAAGAUUUCAAAGCACCUUUAAAGUUACUUUUAUAAUGAGUCUCAUAGACUCGUACAGCACAGAAAUGGGUCCUGUCAACCCACCUCAUCCAUGCCAAUUGUGAUGUCUAUCUGCACUAAUUGAAUUUUCCCACAUUAUGCCCAUAUUGCUCUAUGCCUUUCCAACUGUCCAAAUGCCUCUUAAAUGUAACUAUCACCUCUACCACCACCUCUGACAGUUUGUUCCAGAUAACCAGCACCCUUUGUGUGCAAAAACUAAGCCAUCAGAUCUCCUGUAAAUUUCUUCCCUCUCACCUUAAAUCUAUGCCCUCUAGUUCUAGACUCCCCUGUUCUGGACAUAAGGUUCUGACUAUCUAUCUGAUCUAUACCCCUCAUAAUUUUAUAAACCUCUAUAAGGUCAGCCUUCUACAUUCCAGUGAGAAUAAAUCCAGCGUAUCCAGUUUUUCCUUAUAACUACAGCCCUCCAUUCCUGGCAAUGUCCUGAUGAAAACCUUAGUAAAGUCAUUCAUGCUACCAGCAUAUAAGACUAGUGCGGUUGGUGGCAAUCUCAAAGUGAACCUGAUGAACCCUUCAAGGAUGCCCAUUAUCAGUUUUAGCAAAUCUGGUAGGUAGUCUUUGGGAUUGGAAUCAACUGCAAGGGAGCUAUGUAUUGGGAGCUAGUGGAGGUCUCAGAUUUAUAAGGAGAUUAUGCUCAGAGGACUGGCAGCAUUUACACUCCAGGCUUCAAACCCAUUUUGCAGAGCAAUCCAAUGGCAUUGCAAUGCCCCGGUUCAGGUGGAUCUCUGCAGGAUGAGCUUUACCGGACCUGGAGUUCUAAUAGAUGCUCAAUGAAUGAUGUCUUAAUUGACCUUGGAAAACAGAAAGUAACUAGUGUUUUUAAAGGUUAUAAACAGGUCCAUUGAUUUACAUCACUAAAUAAUGCAAACUUGUAUUUUAAAUUUUGGGAUUUUUAUAUCCAUUUUGAGAAUCUUAUUUUGCAAUUGAUUCUGAGUUUUUCCAUGUAAAUUCUUGGCCAUGACUACCAACUAUUUGUGCUCCCCUGAAGUUUGCAUUGCAUUUGCAUUAUAAACCUAUUAUCUUUAUUGAUACUCAAACAAUACAUCAAUUGUUAAAGGUCUGUAAUUAACAAAUAUUUAUUUAAACAAAAUUGACAGCAAAAUACUGUUUUGGGGUUUGAAGAUGGGUAAAGUGUAGUGAGAAGAAAAAAGUGCUUUAUAAAAUUUUAUAGAUUGGAUCGAUUGGCCCAGAAAUUUAUCCUCAAUCAGUAGCACUGACAAUACUAAAUGCAGCAACAGCUAUUAUAGUCUACCUCCAAAAUUCUUUCCAUUGACUUCAGUGAGCUUUGACUACAAUUGACUUCAACAAAGUGUAUUUUGGAGUGCAAGGAUCUGUAAUUAUAAUACAGCACAUUUAAGUCUAUGCACCAAGGAUGAAUUUCUAGGCCUUGAGGGUGUCUGCAGUAUUUCAAAGUACAUCACCUGCAUUUAAUCUUUCAUCCCCAGUCAAUGUUCUGUCCCUUCCACUGUGCUUCUGCCUUGGUGUGUUGAAGGUACUAGGAAAAUUUGUCUCUAUUUUGACUAGAAAUGAGUCUGGUUAUUUGGAAUCAUGUUGACCAUUGCUCCAUUAGUCUUUUUUUCAUCACAACUUUUGACAUUUUACAAUCAAAUGUAUAAAAUGAUAAAUAUUGACUAAAGAUCAAAAAAAAGUAAACAAAUGGCUUUUGUUAAAAUAAUGCCUUGAGCCUUCACAUUGGGAGGUGAUCACUUAAUUAUGUCAAGUGGCUUCAGGCCAGCAAUUUCACACCAGAUCUUCCAUUUGAUUCCAUUAUUUAUGUCUUUUAUCACGUAAAAUUCAUCACGGGUGUCUAAUGAAGCCUAGCCUUAAUCUAAAGACCACAACGGCCUUAUUAUUCAUAAGCUAUGACCCAGAAGCAGUAGACUCAACAUUGCCAUCAACAGUAAUUUCAUAUUUCAUGGAAAACAAUAAAGUGAACUCAUACUAUGACUGAACUUGGAAACGGUUGGUUGGUAAAUAAUAGCAUACAGAAUGCAAGAUUACUUAUUGACGUCUAAGAUUCUAAGAUUUUCACUUCAGACAGUCAGGAGAUGGUUAGAAUCAGGAUGUCUGGAAUAACUCUAUCCUAACCAUGUAUAAUUCACUAUUUGAUUUAUUUUUAUGAAGAAUGGAAUUGAACAACUGGAGUAACAUGUUACCAGGUGUCUAGGGGUUUUAAGCUCUAAUUUAUCAUAUUCAGUAGAGAGAUUGACCAUGAAGGUUGUAUUUUUUUAAGCUUGCUCUGCAUGUUCUCAAAACAAACAUAAACUCCUGAAGUACAUUGAUUUUUUUUUUGGUUGCACAUCUCUGAAGUUUAAUAGUGAGGAGUACACUGAAUUUUAAAUUAGUUUGCAUUGAGAAACUAAUCUUGAUGGACUUUCUGUAACAGAAUUGUGGCAAUGUUUCUGCAACAUGUUUAUGGUUUUGUUUAGAUUCAGCAGCUAUGAUCUGGCUAAUUCUGGCAAUCCUAUUCCAGUUGAAUCAUGGAUUUUUUUAAUAUCAAAACAAAUUGUUGACUUAUCAGAGCUUUUCUUUGUGUGCAGGCAGAAGCAACUGCUACACUGCAACCUAUUUGAUAGCCAUAAAUCUCCUUCAAUGAACCUGCAUGGAACUAAGUCUCACACAGCUCUGGACCACUUUGUUUAGUGAAUCAAUUGGCACCUUCCUGAAAAUCACACAAAACAUGACAGAGGCUUCCCAUGUGUUUUCAACUCUAUUUUAAGAUGCAAUGGUGACAAUCAUGAUUGAUAUGAAUCUUUACAUUUCACAUUCUUAUGGAAAGAACACUUUCUUUUGAUAGGGUUAAUGACCUUUAUUGGGUUUAAGUCAACAGACCUGGUUUUGAAUUGGAAAACAAGGGGCCAGAAGGCCUAUCAGGAUCAGCAGGGAAAAGAUUAUAUUUUCAGAUUUUUUUCAAAAUCCUAAGUUUUAACUUUAACCAUCCUGGCAGAUUCACUGUGUACUUCCAACAGGUGCGAUGUUCUUUAAAUAGUGGUUCAAAUUGCCACUCUUAACACUGCUCCAACCCAUUUCUUCAUUAACCCUCAAAUAGCCAUCAGUUUGCACAGUAAAAACAAAAAUUGGAACCACACAAAUUGGGCUUUUGUGUAAAGGAUAUGUAACAGAAAUACAGUAUACUGUUUCAUCAGAUUUAUUCUAAAGUAAAGCCCUUUAUUUUCCAUAUGGGGGACCUGUUAAGUACUAGGAAAUUAUACUAUUGAGAUUAUUAUGCAAUGACAAUGUUCUUUGGGAGACAUGUAUUCUACCAUCAUUUGCACUAUUGCUAUGUUCUUCCAUGGAUGAGCACAACUAGUAAAUGCAAUUGUUCAAAUGCUCUAAGAUUGUUAAUUUUUUUCACUAGUUAUUCUGGUUUUAUUGUCCUCUAUGAUUCUGAAUAGAUUUUUACAGAAGUACUUUAAGACUCAUGCUUUUGUUUCAGUUAUCCAGUAAAGUUUUUAUUAUGUAGAAGACUGUGACUUUACUGUCAGUAAUGUAUUUGAAUAAACUUAUUUGCUUAG